AUAUCUCAAUUAUACAUUGAUCGGUAUUUAUACUGAGUUUUAGCCAAAGUUUUAGACGAUAAUUUAACUGUCCGUAAAUGCGGAGUGAUAACAUUAUUGAAAAAUUCUUGGCUCCUCGGUUGCGAAAACCUUUAAUAUUAUAUAUAAUAUAUAAGUUGUUGAAAUAUCCAAAUAAUUUGUAUGAAUCCGUUGAUAUCCUAUAAUCUUAGAUUUUAUUUCACGCUAUUGAUGUCAUGACUUCUAUAUUUAAGAAACUUCAAGUUAAACCAGAUGGAGAUAUAGCCACCGUAGAUUUCUUAAGAAAUAGAGAUUUAAUUCCAAUGGGACCUCCACGACGUCUAUGGGGUUAUCAGGCAUUUUUCAGUUAUUGGACUUUGGUUGAUUGUUGUAUUGUCAUUUGGGCCGCUGCUGCUUCCUUAUUAUCAAUUGGUUUAAAUGUAAAGGAAACAAUCGGUAUAGUCAUUAUUGGUAACUGUAUUGUUGCUACAUUGUCUUGUUUGAACUCAGCUCCAGGAUAUUAUUAUCACAUAGGAUUUACAGUUUCUCAAAGAAUACUAUUUGGAAUAAGAGGUAGUUACUUUGGAAUUGCUAUGAGAACUAUUUUAAGUAUUGUUUGGUACGCUAGUCAAGCAUGGUUAGGAGGGUUGUGCUUAGGAUUAAUAUUCAGUUGUUUUUCUAAGAAAUAUUUAUACAUGGAAAAUACUUUUCCUGAGUCUGUUCAUAUGAGUACUAGGGACUUUAUUUCAUUCUUAAUAUUUCAUUUAAUAUCCAUUCCGAUUCUUUGUAUAAAACCAGAAAAAAUAACACAUUUCUUGAAAUUUGCUGCUGCUGCUACAUUCUUUGGAAUGCUUGGAACUUUUAUUUGGGCAAUUAAUAAGGGAGGUUUGGGUCCUUUAGUAUCUGCUCCUUCAAAUUUUGAGACAACAGCAGAUCAUGCUUGGGCAUGGAUUUAUGGUAUAACUUCAUGGGUUGGUUCAAUAUCGGCUGGUAUUACAAAUCUGUCUGAUUUCACAAGGUUCUCAAAAACUAGAUGGGUUAGUAUUGCUCCUACCACAAUUAGUCUUUUAGUAAUGGGUACUAUUAUUCCAGUUUUUGGGAUAUUAUCAGGAUCAGCAACUACAGCAAUUUAUGGGGAAGCUAUUUGGCAACCAAAUAAAAUUGCAGAGAAAUGGUUACUUGAAGACUAUAGUGCAACUUCAAGAGCAGGUGCAUUCUUUGCUGGAGUUAGUUUUCUUUGUAGUCAAUUAGCCUUGAAUUUAGUGGGUAAUGGUAUUGCUGGAGGUAUGGAUAUGGCUGGGUUGUUUCCUCACUACAUCAACGUGAGAAGGGGUGCCCUUGUAACUGCUCUUGUUUCUUGGGUUAUUCAACCUUGGUUAUUCUAUAAUACGUCCUCCACAUUUGUAGUAGUCAUGGCUUCCUUUUCUAUUUUCAUGGCACCAAUUAUUGGAAUCUUAGUUUCGGAAUUUUGGAUAAUUAGAAGAAAACACCUAAAGUUAUCUGAUUUGUAUAGCAUGAAACCAUCGGGGAAUUAUUGGUAUUGGAAAGGUAUAAAUGUGAAAUCCUAUGUCAUUUUCUUUAUUGUUUCUACACCAGCACUUCCUGGAUUAAUCCAUGGUGCUAAUCCAAAUAUUAAGAUCAGUAAAGGUUUACACAAUUAUUAUAAUGGUAAUUGUAUAUUCGGAUUCUUUAUUGCCGUACUAUUAAAUCUUGUAAUAAGUUAUAUUUUCCCAGCUAAAGGAAUUCACGAAACAGACGAUGCAGAUUAUUUCGAUACCUUCACUAAAGAAGAAUGUGAAGAAUUAGGAAUUAUACCUUAUUCGGAAAUAGAUCAUGAUGCUGAUGUUGAUGUUGAUGUUGAUGUUGAUAUAGUUUCUGAAAUCGUAUCACCUUAUAAAGAAUCGGAAAAGGUAUAAUAAUUGUAUUUAAUUCGGUU